UAGUAAUUUUCAAAGCAAAUGUUCAGCCCGGAAUUGGAAAGUCAGUGGUGAUUUUUAUACCCCGUUCCUCAGAAAGUACGUUAAUGGUAGGCGUUCACAUAUUCGCAUCGUACGUAUCGGACGCAUCAAAUCAAACGGAUUUUGAAAAAUCCGUUCGAUGCGAGCCGUACGAUGCGCUCUAUACAAAGAAUACUAAAAUCCGUUAGAUGCAAUGAUUUUACAAAAUUUUAUUUAAAUCGUUCUACUCCGAUGUUUCGAAAUAUGCUUAAUAUUUUGCCUAUUCAAAAUAAUUAUUAAAAGUCUGUAAUUGUAUUUCUACAGUUCACAUUAUUGUGGUGCCAGCAAUAAAAAAAUUCCAAGUAUUGCCUGUAAAAAUGGAUUUUAUAUUUUUCGAUGCUGACGGGCGAUACUUCAAUUUCCUCUGCCUCUAUCAGAUUCUUUACAAACCCGUUAUACUGACUAUUUUCUCGGCAAUGCAAACUAUGCGAUGGGCAUUCAUGUUGUGCACAAUCAGCCAAUUGGACGUUUUAAUUUAUAACUUCGAGAACAUGAAAGAGCUCGUUAAGGCAGGGAAUUGCGAGAUAAAUGAAGCCUUUAAGGAUGGAUUUAAAAAGAAUAUCGUUCAUCAUUGUGCCAUUAUACAGUUCGUUAAUACAAUUGGUAGAGCUUUUGGAGGGCAAAUUUUAUUGUUUUUCAUGAUAAAUUCGUUUAUUAUUUGCACCACUGCAGUGCAAUUUUUCUCGAUUCCUAACCCGCUUAACAAUAUUAUGGAAUUAGUUUGGAUAUUUGGAUUUUUGUUUAUUAUGAUUAUAAUGCUCUAUAUCGACUGCUAUUUUGGAACCAUCAUAACCGAGAAGGGUUCUCAGAUCUCGAUGACAGUUUAUUGCUUUCCAUGGAUUGAUCUGAAACAAGAUUUGAAGAAACAAUUCAUUAUAUUUUUUGUAAGAAACCAACAAGACCUUGUUAUUAACGCUUCUAAACUAAUACCAGUAUCUAUGACUACGUUUAGAAAGGUAAUGAAUUGGACUUACAAAGGAUUUGCAGUUUUGAAUCAAAUGAGGAAAUAA